UAAAUGUAUAGAAACCAACCAAAUUACAUCAUUUUUCCAUUUCAUUGGCCUUAAAAUCUCUCUCAGCACUUGAUUAUUUAGAUCCUGUUUGUGGUUUACUUGCUAUGGCUUCAGCUUCUUCCGGUGCACUUUCUAUCCCUUCCUCAUCCACCCUGGUGGAUGCCAAGGCUCCUCGUCAAACGACCGCCGCAUCACCACCGUGCGUGACUCUUCCUACACUUCCUCCCCCACCGGUUCAGUCCCAGAGUCGUGCAUGGAAGACCACUGCUUAUUCUCGCAAGAUUGCUCGGAACGUGAUGGCUAUGGCCACAGGGGAGGCUCUCGCCACUCGUGAAGCUCCAGUGGAACUUGUACCAGCUGAACUGCCAGAGUUCAUCAAGACAUUACAAGAAACUUGGGACAAAGUUGAGGACAAGUACGCGGUGAGUACAAUUGCCGUAUCAGGUUUGGUCGCCCUCGUCGGUUCCGCCGGAUUGGUCUCGGCAAUUGAUAGGCUUCCUUUGAUUCCCGGAUUUCUUGAGGCCGUGGGUAUUGGCUACAGUGGGUACUUUGCAUACAAGCACCUUCUUUUCAAGCCAGACAGGGACGCCAUGCUAAAGAAGGUAAAGGAGACAUACAAGGAAAUACUUGGAAUUAGCUAGAGCAAAAAUGGUCAGUGGUUAAGAAAAGGAUGCUGAUGGCAUGAAAAUCUGAAGCCCCGUAUUUGCAGCAUCAACCCUUUGCUUAUACGCUUCACUUUGUCAGCACAAAAUUCUAACAAAAGUAAACCAAUGUAAUGUGGUCUUGUCGUGGGCAAAUUGAGAUACAUUUAUAUUUUGUAUUUCCCCCCUGUAGCACACAUCUUAUGGAAGUUCAUAAAAGUAAUCUCAGUUAUUCCCC